GGGGCUUUAAGUCCUUGAUUAGGAGAGAGUGUGCGAGCCUCGGUCCCAACUGGCCGUGCCUAUGGGCUUGUCACCAGGAGAACGCGUGUGUUAAUUGCACCGGGCUCUGUCAAGGAAACUUUGAUUUAUAGGUGGGGUGCACAAAUAAUGGUUGCCGGGCGCACAUGGAUUCGGUAGAACUUUGCCUGCCUGAGUCUUUUUCCCUGCACUACGAAGAAGAGCUUCUCUGCAGAAUGUCAAACAAAGAUCGACACAUUGAUUCCAGCUGUUCGUCCUUCAUCAAGACGGAACCCUCCAGCCCAGCCUCCCUGACGGACAGCGUCAACCACCACAGCCCUGGUGGGUCUUCCGACGCCAGUGGGAGUUACAGUUCAACCAUGAAUGGCCAUCAGAACGGACUGGACUCGCCACCUCUCUACCCCUCUGCUCCAAUCCUGGGAGGCAGCGGGCCUGUCCGGAAACUGUAUGAUGACUGCUCCAGCACCAUUGUAGAAGAUCCCCAGACCAAGUGUGAAUAUAUGCUCAACUCCAUGCCCAAGAGACUGUGCUUAGUGUGUGGCGACAUCGCCUCUGGGUACCACUAUGGGGUUGCAUCAUGUGAAGCCUGCAAGGCAUUCUUCAAGAGGACGAUUCAAGGGAACAUAGAGUACAGCUGCCCGGCCACGAAUGAAUGUGAGAUCACAAAGCGCAGACGCAAAUCCUGCCAGGCCUGCCGCUUCAUGAAGUGUCUCAAAGUGGGCAUGCUGAAAGAAGGGGUCCGUCUUGACAGAGUGCGCGGAGGUCGGCAGAAGUACAAGCGUAGAAUAGAUGCUGAGAACAGCCCAUACCUGAACCCUCAGCUGGUGCAGCCAGCCAAAAAGCCAUAUAACAAGAUUGUCUCGCAUUUGUUGGUGGCUGAACCAGAGAAGAUCUAUGCCAUGCCUGACCCCACUGUCCCUGACAGCGACAUCAAAGCCCUCACGACACUCUGUGACUUGGCUGACCGAGAGUUGGUGGUUAUCAUUGGAUGGGCAAAACAUAUUCCAGGCUUCUCCACAUUGUCCCUGGCGGAUCAGAUGAGCCUUCUCCAGAGCGCAUGGAUGGAAAUUUUGAUCCUGGGCGUUGUGUACCGAUCGCUUUCGUUUGAAGAUGAACUUGUCUAUGCAGACGAUUAUAUAAUGGAUGAAGACCAGUCCAAAUUAGCAGGUCUUCUCGACCUAAAUAAUGCUAUCCUGCAGCUGGUGAAGAAAUAUAAGAGCAUGAAGCUAGAGAAGGAAGAAUUCGUCACCCUCAAAGCAAUAGCUCUUGCUAAUUCAGAUUCCAUGCACAUAGAAGAUGUGGAAGCUGUUCAGAAACUUCAGGAUGUGUUACAUGAGGCCCUUCAGGAUUAUGAGGCUGGCCAGCACAUGGAAGACCCUCGCCGUGCAGGCAAGAUGCUGAUGACGCUGCCACUCCUGAGGCAGACUUCCACCAAGGCAGUACAGCACUUCUACAACAUCAAACUCGAAGGCAAAGUGCCCAUGCACAAACUUUUUUUGGAAAUGCUGGAGGCCAAGGUCUGACUAAAAGCCCCCCUGGGCCCUCCCAUCCUGCACGUUGAAAAGGGAAGAUAAACCCAAGAAUGAUGUCGAAGAAUAUUAGAGUUUAGUGAACAACAUUAAAAAAAAUCAACAGACUGCAAUGAUAUUUUAGCAGCCACAGUACGAUGCAGCCUGCGGAUUCCGCCACAUCUUCCUGAUAGGUUUCCUCUACUUUCUCCCAUGAUCCUCUGGCCACGUUCCUGCAUUCUUCCACUCUUUCUUGUUCCAUUAUUAUGUUUUGCUUCUUUCACCAGUGGUUUCCUCUCCCUCCUCCCUUCGUUCCCUCCUUCCUCUCCCUCUUCCUUUCUUUUGCCACCUUCCUUUCUCUUCCUUUCCCCAAUCUUCUUCUCUUGCCUUGUUCCCAUUCCUCUUCCCUCUCUCACACCCCUUCCCACUCUACAUAAUCAAUACCUCUAAUCAUACGGAACAUUUCUUUUACCUCUUGAAUCUCUUUCCCAUCUCUUCCUUCCCUGUUUUUUUUUUUUCUUUCCUUCCGCUGCUGAACUCUUAAAAGCGGUCUCUAAAUGGAGAGAGAUGGAAGCCAGCCCUGCCAAAGGACAGAGAUCCAUACUAUGGAUGCCAGUGAACUUGUCGUGAACCGUGACAUCCCCAGUGAGUAAGGAAUCAAAGAGAGAACCAUACCUAAAGUACAGCGCAAUGCAAACGAAUCGACUUAGUGCAGUAUUAGAUUCUGCUGGGCAGCCUCCGAUCAGACAACCUAAGCGGCGGCAUUGGCUGCUUCUACUUGCUUUCUCAUCUAGAUCAGUUACAGCCAUUUGAUUCCUUAAUUCUUUUGUCAAGUCUUCCAGGUGUUGGUUAGUUUAGCUACUAUGUAACUUUUUCAGGGAAUCGUUUAAGCUUUAUUCAUUCAUGCAAUACUACAGAGGGGUAAGGAUACCGCAACCUCGUGCUGGCUUUGAACAAUUGAACACUAAUGAAGGACAAAUGAACCCUGAAGGAAGAUUUUUAAAAAAAAAAAAUGUUUCAUUUCUUCUUACAAAUGGAGAUUUUUUUGUACCAGCUUUACCACUUUUCAGCCAUUUAUUAAUAUGGGGAUUUAACUUACUCAAGCAAUAGUUGAAGGGAAGGUGCAUAUUACCACGGAUGCAAUUUAUGUUGUGUGCCAGUCUGGUCCCAAACAUCAGUUUCUUACAUGAGCUCCAGUUUGCCUAAAUGUUCACUGACACCAAGGAUUAGAUUAUACCUACCGUGACACCGAGUGGUCCCAUCCACAAGCACUGCACAUGGGAUCCCUAUCUGUAGAAUUAGCACCAGUAUACCUCCCUGCUGGGAGGGACAGUCGCCAUACGAUUUCUAGCUGCCCUCGUGGUUAGGAACAAGAUGCUGCCUGUAUGCAGUUAAAAACUCUGUCUCAGAAGGAGCUGUGAGCCAAUAUCAUUUCCGAGGCAAUAAGGCUAAUGCCAGAAUUCAAACAAACCAAUCGUCAAAGACAGCAGACGCCUGACCAAAUUCUAAAAUCCUGAUCCAUAGGAGUUGAUUCACUUAGGAAUGGUUGUUUAAAUUAACCUGCAGGUUCCUUUUGUUUCGUUGUUUGUUUGUUUGUUUUUUUAAAAAAAACCAAAAGCUAAGCCAAUAGAUGUGCUUUUCAACAAGUAUGGUCACAGCACGAAGGUCAGUCAGGUUUCAGACUGUAACCAGGUGUAAUCUAAUGAAGAAAUCAGAUGCCCCCUCCCGAAACCUACAGUCGCCGAAUAACCAGAAAACAGUAACCUCCAUAGAACGCUUUACCAAUGGACCAGUGUUAGUAGCUGCUCUCUGUAUUCUGUGGACAGUCUUAUUCUAUGUACACAGAUGUAAUUAAAGUUGUACUCCUAACAAACAAAAGAAUAGUUCAGCUUCAAUGUUCCAUGUUUGCUGCGCUUUUCUGAACUUUACGUUGCAUUCAGAAACUGUCGUCUUGUUCUCGUGGUGUUUGGAUUCUUGUGGUGUGUGCUUUUAGACACAGGGUAGAAUUAGAGACAGUAUUGGAUGUAUACUUCCUCAGGAGACUACAGUAGUAUAUUCUACUCCUUACCAGUAAUAACUAAGAGAUUGAAACUCCAAAACAGUAUUCAUUACGAUCAGACACACAUCAAAAUCAUAAUAAUAUUUUCAAAAAAGGGAGAAUUUCUCUAAUGGUUUAUUAUAGAAUACCAAUGUAUAGCUUAGACAUAAAACUUUGAAUAUUCAAGAAUAUAGAUAAGUCUAAUUUUUAAAUGCUGUAUAUAUGGCUUUCACCUGAUCAUCUCUCAGCUGUUGUUAUUAACUCGCUCUGUGUUGUUGCAAACCUUUUUGGUGCGGACUUGCUUCCAAAACUAUUGCUACUUUGUGUGCGUUAAGCAAAAUACCUUGGACUGAGGAUGUCUCAGCCCUGUGCUAGGAAUACUGUGUAUCUAUCAUUAGCUAUAUGGGAAUAUAUCGUAGAUUGUGGUUCUCAGUAGAGAAAGUGACUGUAGUGUGAAUCUAGGUAAAUCAUCAUUAGCAAUUCAUUCGGAUGGUCAAUAACUUGAAAUUGAUAGCUGUGAUAAGUUAAAAAAAAAUUGGCAAAUCCCUGACUAAAGAUCAACAGAAAAUACAACUCCUGGGGGGGAAAGGUGCUCAUCCUGUAAGAUUCUUUCAUCAUGUAAGUGUUUAAAAAUCGUUAUUUUGCAGAAGGUUUAUGCAGGGUUUAAGUUACUACUGCUCAAUUCCGCUAUAUAUACAAAUGGAAUAUAGACAAUGUAUCCACCGUUUCACUGAGUCGCAUUGAAGUAUCUGAGCUUCAGAAGCCAGAGCUGGCAAGUGAUCGGGUGAGACAGAAACACAUUUAACAAAUGAGGUACAAUGUGUAGUGCUCUGUUUAAAAGACUUGGCCUUUUAAAACAACAAAUAUCUUAAAACCAAGGUGAAAAAAAAAAAAAACCAGCUUAAAAUGUAGAUCUAAAAGAAAUGCACGGGCUUUAGGGUAAAUACCAUUUGUACCGUGCUCGAGCAAAGUUUCUUGUUUUUUCAAGUUUCUAGCAAGACCGUUUAGUUAAUGCCAGCUGUCAGGAAGAUACCAAGGUGUAUGUUUUAGCCAUGCAAUUUACAGUUUGAUUUUCUUUUUAGAUUUGUUCUUAUUUAAGGCAAUAUGAUUGUUUUCGCUCCUCGUGGUGACGCUCGUGUUUUAAUCAAGUCAGAUUGUUGUAUUUAUUCCACUAUUUUGCAUUUAAAUGAUGACAUAAAAGAUAUAAAAAAUUUAAAACUGCUAUUUUUCUUAUAGAAGAGAAAAUGGAUGUUGGUGAUUGUAUUUUAAUUAUUUAAGCAUCUCUGUUUACCUGCCUGGGACAACAUUUUAUGGCAGUCUUAUGUGCAAGAUCGUAAAUGGACAAAACAAAAACAAAAAAAAAUUAAACUGCUUACAAUGAUCCAGGAGUUGCAUUAUAGCCAGUAGUAAAAAUAAUAAUGAUAAUAAUAAUUAAUAAUACUAAUGAAACCAUGUCUAUAGCUGUAGAUGGGCAUCACAUCUGUAAAGCAAUCAAUUGUAUAUUUUUGUGAUGUGUACCAUACUGUGUGCUCCAGCAAAUGUCCAUUUGUGUAAAUGUAUUUAUUUUAUAUUGUAUAUAUUGUUAAAUGCAAAAAGGAGCUAUGAUUCUGUGACUCCAAUCAGUUCAGAUAUGUAACUCAAAUUAUUAUGCCUUUCAGGAGGAUGGUAGAACAAUAUUAAACAAGCUUCCACUUUU